AUUCCCGCGGUGCCUUUUUCUCGCAUCACUUUCCCGGGAAAAUAUUUACAAAAAACCCUUUUUUUUCUGUCUUCAAAUUGCAUCAUCAUAAUUCCAAUGGAACAACCAUUAUUCAAAAAAAAUAAAAAAAGUGAUUUGAUUCCAUUGGUUAUUGAAAGAGAAAAAUCGGCACUGUAAAUGGAAGUAAUGAAUGAAUAAUACUAUUUUUAGCAUCAAAUUGAGAAGCUAUUGUUCACAUUUUCUUCUUUCCAAAUCAAGAUUCCACCAUUGUUCUUCUUCUUAUUUCUUUUCAUUAUUAAUCAUUCACCACUCUUACUAUACAAUCUUCAAUCUUCAAUUUUUUAUUUUUAUUUUAAUUUAUCCUAAUUUCACCAUUAACCCUAAUCAUCAUCAUCAUUACAUUACAAUCUUCUGUGAUAAUACUAUUUGUUCUUCAUUGUUUUGUUUCUUUCUGAUCUCAAAUUCUCAAUAAAUAAUUUGUUGCAGCCAUGGCGUUUGAUCAAAAUUCUGUUCCAAAGGAUCUGCGUGUAUUGAAUGUGGCUCCAAUAAUGGUGGAGGAGACUCUCAUUUCACCGGCAAGCGUCACCUCGCCUCCGACUCCUGAUUCAGCUUCUGAUUAUUUCUAUCCUGCUUCGGCCCCCGCGUCAGCAGCCUGGUGCGUCCGCCCUAUUGUGAGUCCUCCUUCUAUUGGAUUAAACUAUGGUUCCGGUUAUGGUAACCGUGUUAUGGCUGGAAAUGCAUUGAAUUUGGGAAAUUGGGUAGGGACUAGUAAUAGUAGUAAUAAUAAUAAUAACAAUAAUGCUUUGCAUUGUAAUGAUGGUGUUAAUGUGAAUGUAAGUGGUUUUUCUUAUGGUGGUCAUGGUGGAAAUAGAUCGGUUGAUGAUGCCAGCGAUGAUUCAAGUCCGGGUAGGAAAGUUAAAUUUUUGUGUAGUUUUGGUGGGAAGAUUUUGCCUAGGCCUAGUGAUGGUGUGUUGAGAUAUGUGGGAGGGCAGACAAGGAUAAUUAGUGUUAGGAAAGAUGUGAGUUUUAAUGAUUUGGUCCAGAAAAUGGUAGAUACUUAUGGACAACCUGUGGUUAUUAAGUAUCAGUUACCCGAGGAGGAUCUUGAUGCAUUGGUUUCCAUUGCUUGUCCUGAUGAUGUUGAGAAUAUGAUGGAGGAAUAUGGAAAAUUGGUUGAGAGAUCUCCUGAUGGUUCUGCUAAAUUGAGGGUUUUUUUGUUUCCUAUGUCAGAGGUUGAUAUUUCUAGUGCAGCGCAGGUUGGAGAUUUGCAGGAUACCGGGCAGAAAUAUUUUGAUGCUGUGAAUGGUAUUGUGGAUGUGGAUGGUGGGUUCAAGAAGAAAGAGAGUGUUACAAGUGCAGCUUCAACACAAAAUUCUGAUUUGAGUGGGAUAGACACUAUUGAUAGUUCUAUUGCCGGUCAAGGGGAUUCGUCGCCCUGCGUGUUAUCGCCUAGAGAGUAUGUGGCUACUUCUCCAGACACAAGUGCACAGUUUCUGGUUUCUGAGUCCAGUACACCAGUUUACUCAGGUGCAUCUCCUAUUUCAUUUGGCACGCCUGUGACUAAGACCAGUCCAUUAUACCCUUCAUAUAUGCAGAAUGAGAUUGAGUUAGAAAAGCCUGUUCCUGUUACUUUGUCCCAGCAACCAUUUGAAUUGCAUCAAUCAAGAAUGGAAAUUCCACCUUCACCUUAUUUGAACCACAGAGAGUAUGUUCAGCUGCCUCCCCAGAUGGGGUUCCCAAAUCCUCAUCUUUUAGGAAAGACGGGGCCUUUUUUCGCCCAGCAACAGUUUCAGAGUAAUGCUUCUGGAUUAGCUUACCAUCAGACCAUCCCCGGAGCACAAAUUACAAUGACUCAACCUUCUUCUCGUCUUGGUAUAAGACCAAAUCUCAUCCAGCCACAACCAUUGAUACAAACGCAACAUAAUCAUCUGAACCAAUAUAGUGAUGAAAAUACAUCAGGAAUAAGGAUUGUCCAGUUUCCUUCCGAACACAACUACAAUACAUAUCAGGUUCCAGUAAAUCAAGUUCCCACGAAUCAAGUUCCAUCUGUCAUAGUUGGGGGUAAUUGUGGUUGGGUUCAGGUUCCUCCACAACAACACGAGCAUGGGUUAUCACCUCAACAACAAGUAAUUACCUCCGAGCAAAUCCUUAGAGCUGAGGGAUGUUCUAUGUGUCAGAAAAAGCUGCCUCACGCCCAUUCAGAUCCAGUGGUUCAGGAUCAACACGAUGGCACUUCAGGUCCAGUUCCUGAUUCACGCCCAAGUUACAGUAGUUUUCCGAUGGAGGAUAAUGUAAAACCUCAAGCAACAAAGAGGCUUGAGCCUAUGGUGGCAUCGCCCUUAAAGGAAGGCAUUUUUGAACAAGGGUAUAGCACAAGGCCAAGUGUCAUUAGCAAAUUGAAAGCUCAUAAUGGAGUAAGACCUUGUACUGAUAAUGCUGUGAUUUCUUAUAAUUUUGAGCCUCAGAGUGAAGGUGGGACGAUUUUUAUCCAAAAUCCAAAAGAAUUUGAUCAUCCCAUGAAUUCAUGUGUCCAAGAAACAAUUGGUAGGAUAGGUGAAAAACGUUCUUCUGGGGAUGGGUUUGGGGCCAUUGGAACACCACCACCGUCUUAUCCAGAUGAUGUUGUACACCAGCAUACGACGCCGGUUGAAAACUGGGUUAAACAAGAUGAUCUUGUGAAUAAACAUGUUAAUAAUGAUAUACCUAUAGUUGAUGGAACGCCUAUACAUACUUCAGAGUGCACCGCUCAAGGAUCUCCCAAAGAAUACACUAAUGAGCUUACUGGUGUCAUUUCAAAAUCAGAUGCAGUAGAUAAUUGGAUUAGACAGGGAUAUCUAAGACCUGUUGAUGGAAGGAAUGACACACUCAAGAUAAACAUGGCGGAAGGUUAUGUAGGUGAUGAUCAAUGCUUGCUUCCACUUGAUAAAUCAUUAGAUUACAACAGCCAGAUUGCUGCAGAGGAAGAGGUGAUUCUGGAUAACAACUUUGGCACAUCAAAAUUGAUAGUUGAUGCAAAUAAAAUUAAGAUGAUAGCUGUGCAACCAUGUUCUUCUAAGGAAAUUUCAUUCAGGCGCAAUUCCAGGACAGGGGAAUACAAUGAUGUUGUACAAUCACCUGCGUUGGACGUUACUCAAUCAAAGAUUGUAAACCACCACAUGGAUGAUUCAACAUCAUCUACAUCAUCACCAUCUUUCUUGUUUGGGGAUAUGCAGGAUUCUCCAAACUCAGUUUUCGGCAAUCAGGAUCCUUGGAAUAUACAACAUGGUACCUUCUUUCAACCUUCUGUUCUGAGCAAAGUAACAUCGGAGAAAGGAACCUAUUCUCAUAAGGAUUACUUUGGUGAAAAUCCAGGAACCUACAAGAAAUCUAAUUUGGAUGCACAAUUGGAUGGUGACCUCUACGAGUCAUUCAAACAUAAUUUAACUUUUGAAAAUGGUUCAACCGAAGACCAACAACUUAAAGUUGUUGCUGAAGAUGUAGCAGCUUCUGUUCUGCACCCAUGUGCUCCUUCAAAUCCUAACUUGCAAGCUGAAGAUGUUUAUUGUCAUGAAAACAUUCAGGAUGGUAAUGUUCAAAAUAAUCUAAUGCAUGCGAAGUGUAGAGAUAUAACUCAGGAUGUCAAGAGUAACCUACCAGAGAAGGGAAAUUUUGGCUUUCCGACAUCGGGUGUUGGACGUUUGCAGAUUAUAAAGAACUGUGACCUUGAAGAGCUGACAGAAUUGGGUUCUGGUACCUUUGGGACUGUUUAUCAUGGAAAAUGGAGGGGAACUGAUGUUGCAAUUAAGCGAAUAACUGAUAGAUGUUUUGCUGGAAAGCCUUCGGAACAAGAGCGCAUGAGAGACGACUUCUGGAAUGAGGCAAUCAAGCUUGCAGACUUGCACCAUCCAAAUGUGGUUGCUUUUUAUGGUGUUGUGCUUGAUGGCUCAGGAGAUUCCGUGGCAACAGUAACUGAGUACAUGACUAAUGGUUCUCUCAGAAAUGCCUUGCAAAAGAAUGAGAGGAAUCUAGACAAGCGCAGACGUCUUAUGAUUGCAAUGGAUGUGGCCUUUGGAAUGGAAUACCUGCAUGGAAAAAACAUAGUACACUUUGACUUGAAAAGCGACAACUUGCUUGUGAAUCUCCGAGAUCCACACCGCCCAAUAUGCAAGGUUGGUGACUUGGGUCUAUCCAAAGUAAAAUGUCAGACACUGAUCUCCGGAGGUGUGAGAGGAACUCUACCAUGGAUGGCUCCAGAGCUACUGAACGGAAGCAGUAGCCUUGUAUCAGAGAAGGUUGAUGUGUUUUCAUUCGGCAUUGUGAUGUGGGAACUCUUAACUGGCAAUGAGCCAUACGCUGAUUUGCACUAUGGUGCUAUUAUAGGUGGUAUUGUGAGCAACACUUUGCGCCCUUCAAUUCCCGAAUCUUGUGAUCCGGAAUGGUGUUUGUUGAUGGAGAGAUGUUGGGCCUCAGAACCAUCGGAGAGACCCAAUUUCACUGACAUUGCUGAUGAAUUACGUUCUAUGGCAACCAAACGCCAAAAUCAACAGCUACAAACCUCUCAUUUGCACACACAACUCAACAAAUGAUUCCUAUUAUGUUUGUUUUAGAUUCUAAUAGAAGCAAAACAAGCGGGUAAAAAAGCAUCUCAAACGUGCUUUUUACAGAAGGAAGUUCCUUGCUUCCUAAUGCAAUUUUCCACAAUUGUACAGCAAGAUUCUUUAACAUCAUAUUUCUCUCUGGUGUUUUUCAUCCAUUUGACUCAACAAUGCAUUUUGCAAUACAUGUCAUUUGAAAGGGAAGGUUAGGUUUGUAUAUAUUUCAUAUAUAUUGGUAACCAUGGUUGUAAUAAAUUAUCUGUCUUUCUAAGAUUUGCUUCAGGGAUAUUCUAUUACUAUUGGGAGGGAUAUUCUAUUACUAUUGGGAGAAAAGGAUUGAGAGAAAAUUCAAUACAACAAAAGAUUGAGUCAAAAUUAAUUAAACUCAUAUCCAACUAAUGAUAUGUUUGGUUUCACGGUGAGUAUGAAAUCACAGUGACCGACCAUGAUUUUUCAAAAGCUACAUUCUGAAACUUAUGCAAAAUGAGGUGGAUCGCCGUGAUUUUGUCGUACUGACUGUGAUACCAAACAUACACUAACGGUAACUAAUUAAGCUGCUAUUACAUUACUGAUCAAUACAAACCGUACAACUAAUGUAGAAUCCAAUAAUUACAUUCAACCCUCCAGGAAAAUCAUGAUCUGUAUUGUUAAUAUAGUACUCCAUUUUUGUUAUCCCCUUUUUUCACAGUA